AUGGCAUGCACAUUAACUGAUACUAUGUCUUCUAGAAUCGAUUAUUUAUCCAAAUACCUACUGACGUCUGAUACAGACAAGCUGAAGAAGAAAAAGAAAAAGAGAUCGCACCACAAACUAUCGGAUCAAAAUGACACUAGCGACUCUACAGCCGUUGUUGUAGGCACUGUUCCUCUUCCUACCACUCAUAUAGAAGAAACCACCCCUCUACGACCAGAAUUAGAGGAUCCAGAAAAUGAGGAUGCGCCGAUUGUUCUACAACCAAAGAGUUCAUCUAAGGCCAACAAAGGUUUUAGGCGCAUUGAUAAUGGAAUGGUUGUUUCUAACACGAAUGACUCUACAGAAUCUGCCAAUAAUGCAUCUAAAAGCAAUACAGACACCACGAACCAACUUCUAGAACAAGGAGAAACUAUCUACAGAGACAAGAGUGGACGGAUUAUAGAUAUUGAAGGCAAAAGGGCCGAGAUGGCUGACAAGGCUGCCAAAGCAGAACAAGAGGCGAAACAGCUUCAAGAAAAUCUCAAUACAGGAGACAUAGACAAAUUGAAGAAUGUUUCAGACGAAUACAAAUUAAGUAAUGCAACCAGAUUUGAUGUCGCGAAAUCAAGUGAAGAGUAUGUAUCUCUUAUGAAGGGAAAGGAACAAUUCGAUGAUCCGCUACUGGCUUUCUCUCAAAAAGAAGAGAAGGUAGAGGUUUCCAGUACAGGACGUCCAACCUACGACAAAGGGAUUCAGCCUGUGAACAGAUUUAAUAUCUCUGCUGGUCACUUUUGGGAUGGUAUUGAUCGGUCAAAUGGAUUCGAGCAGAGGCUCGUUACGAAGAGAAAUGAUCUUAAAAUCAAUUCGUUGGUUGAAAAGAAUUCGAAGGAAAGCUACACGGAAUACGACUACGAGUAG